AUGGUUUAACAUGGUUUUCCAAGACGGGCAAGUUACAGAACUUACAGGACAUCGGUGUCACGCUGCGUGUCACACCGAAGUUGCCGAAGUAACCGAAGCCUAUCCGCAUCAUAGAGUUAAUCCGCAUAUCCUGUCAUGAGCCGCCAGCUGGCCAUCGCACCGAAGAAAUAGGUUGGGCCAUAUGCCGAAAGGCCGAAACAGCGGGCCGAAAUGAGCUACGCGUUUGAAGUGGCACAUAGGUUCCUUGCGCUAGCAUGUUAGCUUCCGUUACCAUGGCACCGUUACACUUACGUGCGUAUUCAACGUCGCGGGAAGUUUUCUUCGCCUGCGCUUGCGGUACCGCUGUGACAAGUGAGAACAGGGAGUGAUGAUGGUUGUCGUCCAUCGGCCUGUUAUCUCUUUACCAUGGUGUCCCUUCCCAAGCGGUGGUCGCUGUCCAAGCAAAAAAGCCGCCACCGCGGUCCUCGCUAUCACCGAGGCCUCCUGAGGUCUAACUCGGAGGGAGACGAACAGCAGGCUUUUAUUUUCGCCGACGGGGAAGACGUAGCCUCCGACGAGGUCGGCUCUUGGGACGACGCGACGGAGCUCCGACUUCGUGGAGGCCAGAACGGUUCCAGGGACAACGGUGACAGAAACAGACUCGGGGCUCGAAAGCCGCCGUCUCCGGCGGUGUUCGAGCAUCGCAUUGUUGAGGGUGAGACGUUGCAAGGCCUCGCACUCCGCUACGGAUGCACGGUUGGUGCCUUACGGCACUUCAACAAUCUUCUAAGUGACCAGGACUUUUUUGCCCUCACUGUGAUCAAAGUUCCUGAUCGCAUCCACGUCGCGACUGGACAGCUUGUAGACACAAACGUGCCUGCUGAUGACACCAUCUCGGUGACCAGCGACGGUGCAGAGUCGCCACCGGACAAGGCUAUCCGCUAUUGGAAGAGCCUCGACCACAAAGUGCAGGCGGCUCUGCAGCAGCGAGGUUCAGGAGACGAUGGCAUCCAAAUCGAUGAAGUGGAAGAUCACUCCAUUGAUCGUCACGUCUCGCAUUCACAGCAGCCCAAUUCAUCGAGUGGUGCAGACUGUGGCAUAGGAUGGUGUGGGAUAGUCGUGAUAGUUAUCAUUGUUGCUGUGCUCGUGCCCUCUUUUUACGUGCUGUACAUUCUUGUCUACCAAAAGGAAAUUCACGACGGAGCUGUGCAGCUGCGAAAGUGAUUGAACUGUGUUGCGGGAGUGCUGCCUAGCCAGGGGAUGCAUUUGUGAUGGUAUUUCUUUGCUCAAGUUGGGGUGACUUGUUAUGAAGAGCUUUGCGAUGUUGUGGCUGGUAGUGGUAUUCACCGUUUUUAAUUUUAUGUGCCCAUUUUGUUUGCACAGCAAGCUUCGUAACUGGCUGUAUUACUUACCGAUUGGUAUGAAUGAUUGAUACACACACACGAGUUUCUAAAGGUUUCGUUAUUUUUUGUGCACAUUCUUUUUUAAGGCUUUUUAAUUAAGUAAAAAGGUACAGUGCAUACAAGCUACAGGUGGUGUCUGGAUUGCAGAAAGCCACUUUUUUUGCGAGGCCUUGAUGUUGUUUCACACAAGUGAUCAAUGUGCCUUUUCCUAUGAUGACCUGAGAGGUGAAGAGACAUACCACAGGGUGUGCAUUUUUAGCGAAGAUUUUUGUACUUCUGAAGGUUGCUUAGUGAAGCCAUUUUAAGAUAUGUAGCAUUUAGGCCUUUAUAACAGAAAACUGCUGUAGUACAUGUUAUGUAUGCCAGAGUUUUUGAAAUGUCGUUGUUGCUUAGUCUGUACAGAGAAAGUGCUUAAAUACGUUAGAACAGAUAUGGCUAUUAUAAGUGGUAAUAAAUAAAAAGGCAGAACAUGUUUCCCUGUCGUCUAC